CUGAUCAGUUCAUGCGCACGAUGGCUGGGACGCGGUUCGUUAUACUAACUCAUUGCGUUGCUUCUUUGUUUUUGUUAACUGUAGCAAAUGGAGCUAUAAUACGUCUCAAUUGUGAUACGGUUGAUGACAAGUGUUUGUUAAAGAAUGUCUUCGCGUCCGAGGAUGAUCGCUUCAAAGAAAUUCGCAACGAGAGAUACCAGAGCAUCAUCGAGUUCUUCGACUGUCACAUCCACACUUUACCACCAAUACCCUAUAUUAACAAAGUGAAAGCAAAUGCGAUCAAUCUUGUUCGAAUCGAGGAAAACACCUUCAGCACCAUACAUCGUUUGGACGUUUCCUACAAUAGACUGCGUGAAAUUUCAACAAAAGCUUUUGAAUAUCCAGAAGAACUUUUAGAGUUGAAUCUAAAUGGCAAUCCAACACUCAAAGAUUUUGCUUUUCUAUCAAAGCUUACUGGUCUGAGAAGUCUUGAUAUGGCUGACAUGAAGCUGGAGCUGGAACUCUUGGAUAUCAACACAUUUGCUGGCAUGUCGGAGCUAUCUACACUUAAUAUGAGCGAUAAUAGAAUUACCUCGAUACCGGUAGGAAUGUUUUCUCCUCUCGUCGGAUUAACUGAUUUAGAUCUAAGCAGAAACUCUAUCACAAAAAUUGCAUCCGGAACGUUUGCAAUCGCUACAACGCACAGCUACCUACGUGAUGGAAUAUACCACCAAGCGCUUAAUUUUGAUCUGUCAUCAAACAACGUAAGCAUCAUCGAGAACAACGCCUUUUUGCACGCCUCUAAGGUCAACCUGCGAAACAAUAAGCUAAUCGGUAUCGGCCAGUACGCAUUCGACAAUCAAACAGCCCUAGAGCAUUUGGAUCUUUCCGGUAACGAUCAGCUGAAAAACUUUGACUUCCUACACAACCUUCGUGCCCUGCACUAUCUCGAUAUGUCGCACAUGAAUUUCUCCUUCGACGGUGUUCCACGUAAUAUCUUCGAUGAUCUCGAUUCACUGACAACGCUCGAUCUGUCAAACAAUCGAAUACUCGAAAUUCCAAUCGGAAUCUUUGCCGAGCUACAAUCGCUUAACUUUAUCAACCUGCGACACAAUAGCAUCUCGCACAUCGAGUUCGGUACAUUCUCUAUGCGCAAAUAUGAUCUAAUAGACGAGAUUGAUCUCUCAUACAACAAUAUCAAAGAGUUAAACUUCCUAGUCUUCGUGCCGCUCAAGUACCUCAAGACGCUGCUUUUACAUGGAAAUAAAAUAUCGUAUGUUAAUGCCAAGCAGCUGACUCGCAACAAAAGUCUCUAUAAUUUUGGCAUUCAAAAUAGCAAUGUGCGCUGUUACGACCUAAUAGACCUGCUCGGAUCGCUAAAACUUGUACUUGAACCAAAUGAAUUUAUUUCACACCUACCAAAUGUAGACGGAAUUAGAUGCCAACCAUAAGGCUGGUAACAAUGUUUCUUCAACUCGAUUGCACAAUAAACAUGGCUUUAAGUGUAAUGUGAUACCAAUCGAACUCAUCAUAAUACAAACUAGCAGGAGGCCAAGGAGAUGUAUAUCUUUCUACGAUUAUUGUAACAUGUUAGCUGAAUGUGUGUUUUCGCUUUAGUCAUCGUGGGUAAGCAUACAAAGAGUUGUAGUUUAUCUUUGGAAACAUUUGGAUUUCUUUUCACAUCAAUAUUCUUUAAGCUGUUAAUUCAUUCAAUGCCUUUUUUGUUUCAGUAAUCAGUCCAAAAAAUAUAGUACUACCUUUGUAAGAAUUCCAUCAGAAAUUAAAAAUU